GAAGUAACUGUGGUCACGUGGUCACAAUAUCCCGCACGUCGGCGAGGUAUAAACAUCGCUGUCUAAAGUGCUAUGGAGGGAGAAGCUCUCUCCACACUGUGUAGCCCUGCUCUGGUGGUCGAUGUGGAUAAAGUGAGGAGAAAUGCCCAGAGGAUGACUGAACACUGUCAAAAGCUGGGCGUCCAGCUGCGGCCACACAUGAAGACCCACAAAACCCUUGAGUGCGCUGACAUAAUGACGGGCGGAUCACGGAGAUGCAUCGUGGUUUCCACGCUGGCAGAGGCCAGUUUCUAUGCCGACCACGGAUUUGAUGACAUCCUCUAUGCGUACUCUCUUCCUUUUGAUAAGGUGGAGCGCUGUGCAGCCCUGUCAGAGAGGCUUGAUCUCUUCCAAGUUUUACUGGAUCAUCCUCAGGCUCUGGAGCAGCUCAGAAAGAGACCACUGAAAGACGGUCAGCUGUGGCACGUCUGGCUGAAACUCGACUGUGGCAACGGGAGAGCUGGUGUCCUGCACUCGGAACCUGAGGCGCUCAGAUUGGCUCAGGCCAUCACUGAGACGGAGGGCGUGGAGCUGACAGGAGUGUACGCUCAUUGUGGGAACACCUACAGCUGCAGAGGAGUGGAGCAAAUACAGGCUGUCGCCCAGGAAACCACCAACUUCACUCUGCAGUUCAUGGAAAAACUGAAGGCUGUCGGCAUCACAUGUAAGUCCAGCAUUGGCUCCACCCCUUCCUGCAGUCACCCAGUCAAAGACAUGGCGCAGCUCAGCGAGGUGCAUCCUGGAAACUACGCCUUCUAUGACGCGCAGCAGUCUGUGAUUGGCUCGUGCAGCCUGGAGGAUGUCGCUGUGAGGGUUUUGACCAGAGUCAUCGGACACUGUCCUCACAGGAAUCAGCUCCUGAUUGACUGUGGAUGGGCUGGGCUCAGUCUAGACGGAGCUGGAAAACUUCCCACUGGAUAUGCUGUGAUUGAGGGACACCCCAACCUUAAGUUGUUGUCUAUGACCCAGGAGCACGGUAGAGUGGAGCCCAUCUCAGGACCGCUGGACUACAGCAAAUACCCCCUGGGCUGUCUGCUCACACUGAUCCCCUACCAUUCGUGUGCAACUGCAGCGAUGCAUCGUGUGUACCAUGUGCACUCUGAGGGCCGUCUGCUGGGGAAGUGGACACCAACGUGUGGGUGGUGAUCAGCUGUCCAACUGCAAAUGUGAAUGAGUCAGUGACAGGAGCAACAAAUGUCAGUGGGCUGCCGUCAGUAUGUGGGCAUUCACUGGAGGCUGAAAACAAUCAAAUAAGUAUGAUGCUACAAUUAUCUAACAAUAUUACAAAUAAAAAUAAUAAUGCUAAUUAUCUAUGUGCCAGCUUGAUGGUUAAACACAAAUGAAGUGUAUGUGAUUCAGGUAUUUUACCAUAAAGAGCAUGGAUUAUGACUAGUCCAUAUGACACUGAAAACAAGUAUGGCCAACAUAUCUAUGUUGUAACCUACCUUGUGCAGACAAGUUUUCACUAGUUUUUUAAUAGUCAUUGUUCAGCCUUCAGUUGUGGAUUGUCUCUGUAUGUAGUUACUGAAAAAAGAAAGAUACUUCGCUCACAGUGAUCAACACAUGUAUUGUCAGGGAGUUUCAUGAUUAGGAGCCUAUAAGCUGGCUCCUGAUCAAUAAAUGAUCCCUCAUGAUAUAUUUCAAUGAAAUAAGUGUGCCAUCACUACAGGUUAGAGUAAGGUGUUGGUCUCUUUUUUCUGAACAAAUAAAAUGACUAACUGUGACUGAUUUCCACUUUUGAACUUGUCUUUAUCAAUAAUACAUUAAAUGUAAAUUUUUCAGGUU